ACAAAUAGCAGGUGGCCAUGGGAGGAAACCCCAGAUGGUCCUGCUACACAUUUUUAUUCAUAAUAAUAAAGCCUAAAGUGGGCACUAUGAAUAUUCAAAAAUGCUAUUUACCAUAUGAGCCAUUCAUGUUCUUUACAGCCUUCAUAUCCGGCCGUGGAGCAGAGCGAUGGAACACGGCGACAGACCAAAGCUUUCUGGAAGAGGUGCAAAGGGCAUACAGACUGGAUGUGGGAGUCAACUCCGGGUAUUACUCACUAAUUGGUUCUCUCCCCCCCCUCACCACCACCAGAUGGGUCAAGGUUCGGUCACGUCGUACUCACAUUCCCAGGAAGCGAGCCACGGAGGUGCCCAAGUGGUCGAAGAUGAAGCCACUGGCGAGGAAUUGAAGGUUCCGGUGGAGAUCAGCAAACCGACCUAAGACCUGCGAGCCAUUGGUUCCUGUGGCGUUGACGCACAGGGAGCCGAAGUAGCCUUCGCUCUUGAGUACGAAAACGAGCGAAGCCCACCCAAAUAUGAUUCCUGCAAAACACAGACACUCCACCAGGCCCGUGAUGAAGGUGAGGCCUCGUCGCACCCACGACGGUUUCAGACAGUCCACCAUGGUCCCGGGCUUCUCUGGCUCCUGCGGGCACGCCGUCUUCACACGUGGCCUCCUCGCUGCCGCAGCUUGAGGACCCGUCAGGUUAGUCAUUCUUGUUUGUGGAGCUACCGAGUCGAGGAAGUAAAGCUCACCUUUGAUGCUCACGUUUCCGUCUUGGUGUUGCUCACAUCUCUGUGCUCCUGACUCACACGCUUCCUUUUAAGUCGGACAACUCCUCCUUCCUCUUUGACUCUCUCUCUCCCUCUCCCUCACUCUCUCCUCCUUUUCCUCAUUCAUAGUGCAAAGGGAAGUCCAUCUCCACAUGGUGAGUGGAAAAUAGAAAAAAACACAAAUGCUAACAAAGCAAGAAUGAAAAAGCUGCAACACACAGCCGGAAAAAAGUUCCCGUUCCUCAAAGAAAAGGAAAACCUUGACGUUUGCAGUCGCAUCACUGAUGUUUACAAUAAUUGGUAGAGCUGGGAGAACGUCAAUGUUCUGGAACUGCCGACUUCGUCACAAGUCAAGACAAGACGGUGUCAUGAAGUCGGAGGCGGGAAUGUUCAAGUCCUUACAGGCCGUAUUAAGAAUAUGCAACGCUAUUUCAACAAUGAAUGCGUUUGGAGUCCAGUGACCAGACUUUGUUGGCGUUGCAUUCAGGGUUGACCUGAAAACGUAUUGUUCUUAAACCUGAUUGGACGUUCAUACAUGCCAGAUAAUCAUAUAGUCAUCCAUGUCCAAGUCCAAAUUAGACAUAAUUGGACAUAAUUUUAACACAUAACUAAGUUUCUCCAACCUAAAAGACCAAGUUCUUGUGACUUAUAGAUUUGUUGUGGGAACUUCAUUUUUUAAGUCAAAUAACCAAAUAUUUUGGUUGUAUCAACAACGUAAAUCAGGUUAACAAAUUACUUCAAUUAAUUUCAAUUUAAUUGUGAGUUGAAUUUACUUGAGGUAAUUAGUUAGUAAUUAGUAGACUAAAUCAAAAGUGAGUUGAGAUGACUUGAGUUCUAUUGUUCAUUCAUUCAUUCAUUUUCUACCGCUUUUUCCUCACGAGGGUCGCGGGGGGUGCUGGAGCCUAUCCCAGCUGUCUUCGGGCGAGAGGCGGGGUACACCCUGGACUGGUCGCCAGCCAAUCACAGGGCACAUAUAGACAAACAACCAUUCACACUCACAUUCAUACCUAUGGACAAUUAACCUAGUGGCUAAUUAACCUAGCAUGUUUUUGGAAUGUACCUGGAGAAAACCCACGCAUGCACGGGGAGAACAUGCAAACUCCACACAGAGAUGGCAGAGGGUGGGAUUGAACCCUGGUCUCCUAGCUGUGAGGUCUGCGCGCUAACCCCUAGACCACCGUGCCGCCCGAGUUCUAUUGUUGAUACAACAAAAAUAUUAUGUUUAUUUGACCUAAUAAAGAAAGUUCCCAAAAUAAAGCAAUAAGUCACUUGGACUUGAUCUUUUAAGUUGGAGAAACUUAGUCGUGAGUUGAAAUGACCUGAAAUAAUUUGCUAGAUUUAAUCAAAAUUUUAUGUCAGCGAGAUUACAAUUUUUUUUUAAGUUGAGUCAUUUUUUACAGUGUAGAGCUGCGUAUCUUGAUGAUAUCAUUUCCAUCAACACAGCCAAAAUCUGCAGCAGAUUAUUGACAUAGAUAGAUAGAUGGAUAGAUGGAUAGAUGGAUAGAUGGAUAGAUAGAUAGAUAGAUAGAUAGAUAGAUAGAUAGAUAGAUAGAUAGACUCCCUUUAUUGUCAUUGCACAAAAACACAGCAGUGAAAUUGCCAACGAAAUGUCGUUGCCUGGCUCCCAUAUAAUAACAGACACAAAAGAAGAUAAGUAAUAAUAAAUAAUAAUAAUAAUAAUAAUGUGGAGAAUAAAUAGAUAGAAUAGACACCAAAUAUGAACAACAUAAUGUAAAGUGCAGCGUGAACAGUAAAUUGCCCAAAUAAUUUAAAUAAUUUAAAUAAAUUAAAUAUAAAUAUUAAAAAUAUCGAAAAUAUAAAUAUAAUAUAAAAAUAUAAUAUAAAAAUAUAAUAUAAAAAAUAUAUAAAAAAUAUAAAAAUAAAUAAAUAGGUCCAAAUCUGAUAUCUUUGAACAAUUGUCUGAGGUUGGUGUUCUUGGCAUCGGAAUGUCAUAUUCGGUUCUGCAACAAGGAACCCCAAAGCAAGAAAAAGUGCUAACCGCAGCAACUUUGGGGGCAGCUUAUGAUCCAAUGUGAUGGUCAUUGAGUCAUUGGGCAAAAACAGCUAAAAAGAGAUGAACACGGGAUUGUCUUUCCCAAUCGUGACUUCCUGUUUUUUUUUUUAAUGAUGCUGUCGAAAAUGAUAACACAUGACCUAAGAGAGGUGUGUGUGUUGUGUAAGCCGUAACGCAGCUUAUUCGAGUCUGAGGUGGACAAACGGAACGUGUUUGAUGUCGUAACUUGAAUGUUGGAAUUCCUUGUGUGGUGACAAUGGUUGACUUCCAAGUUGAUUUUACCGUAUUUUCCGGACUAUAAGUUGCAUUUUUUUUCAUAGGUUGGCUGUUCCUGCGACUUAUAUUCCUAUACUAUACUUUAUGUUACAUAAACAUGGACACCUUUUGUGUUCAUAUGUGGCUAACAUGAGUAGGUCUAUCAUUAGCUCCGUUACUUUGCAUAACACCUUGACCUACGUUGCAGUCGGAAUCACACGCAGUUCUAUGGUGAUCGUUACAUUUUCCACGGCUAACCCCACAUCUUUCAUAUGCGGACAUCAUAUCACGUCACUUCACACGGUUCUGAUUUUGGAGGAAUAUUUUUUACCAGGACCUUCAAAUUGAGCAAUUUAGGGCUGAUAAGAUUAUGGACUUCUCGUGUGAUCUUCAUCUCUCUCACGUGGGACCAUGUGCUGUGAACUUUGGAGUGAAUGCAUAUUGUGUCCAUGUCCACCAAUGGAGAUAGUUUGAUUGUUAUCUGGUCACAGGUGAACAUACCCGACCUGCGACGGCAACACGGAUUGGGAACGGAUUCAACGUGUGCUUGGGGUUAUCAUCCACCAGCAGCUUCGUGGUUCAAGGUGCCGAUUCUGGAAGAUCUAGAAAGCCUUCUGUGGGAGUUAUGGUGUGUAUCUGCUCUAACCCGAUACAAUGCGUCCCCCUUUAAGAGUGAGGACCGAGGCCAGCCAUGGUCACACACCGCUGUGGGAUGGCGUUCCACUUCUCAUCCGGAAGUCAUCUGUUGCAGUCGUGUUGGUCGCCGUGGUGCAAGAUCACGUCCAAGAUGAUCCCACAAGUGUUCGGCUGGCCUGACGUCAGGCCGCUCGGUUCUUUGUGGAGGUCGUCUCGGAUACAGAGGACAAACGUUCAGAAAGAUCAACCACAGCUGGUGGAGACCAAAGACCCCGGAGGGGGGACUGCCGAGGGGGCCACACUGGAAGACGAGGGGGCAAAGGAUAUGGUAGCACGCCUGGCAGGUGAGGAACCCCAGACGGCCGCUUCAAAGUCCAAUGAAGGUGACACUGAUGACGCGGGACAAGACCAGGACCAGGCAUCUUCUCGUCUUAACCAGGGAGAGGAACGGGUUGAGGCAGAGAGGGGGGGCCACAUCAAAACCAGAGACCCUCUCCAAGAUGGAGAGGAGAUGAAGAGUGACAAAGAGGAAGAAGGUAUUGAUCAGGUGAAAGAGGAGGAAGCUACUGAUAAGGUGAAAAAGGAAGAAGGUAUUGAUAAGCUGAAAGAGGCACAAGGUAUUGAUCAGCAAAAAGAGGAAGAAGGUAUUGAUCAGGUGAAAGAGGAAGAAGGUAUUGAUCAGGUGAAAGAGGAAAAAGGUAUUGAUAAGGUGAAAAAGGAAGAAGGUAUCGAUCAGCAGAAAGAGGAAGAAGGUAUUGAUCAGGUGAAAGAGGAAGACUGUCCUGAUCAGGUGAAAGAGGAAAAAGGUAUCGAUAAGGUGAAAAAGGAAGAAGGUAUCGAUAAGGUGAAAGAGGAAGAAGGUAUCGAUCAGGUGAAAGAGGAAGAAGGUAUUGAUCAGGUGAAAGAGGAAGAAGGUAUCGAUAAGGUGAAAAAGGAAGAAGGUAUCGAUCAGCAGAAAGAGGAAGAAGGUAUUGAUAAGGUGAAAAAGGAAGAAUGUAUUGAUCAGGUGAAAAAGGAAGGAUGUAUUGAUCAUGUGAAAGAAGAAGGUAUCGAUAUGAAGCCCAAAAAGCAGGAGGAGAAGCAAAGUCAAGCCAAAGAAGCGGAACCAAAAGACAAAGAACCGUCAAAAGUGUCGGAAGAACGAGGGAAGCCCAAAAGAACCCCCAAAGCCGCACCCCAAGCCGCGUCCCGUCCAAGACUGUCAGCCGGCUCUGGCAGGGCGUCCAACAAGAGGGCCAUCAUGGCCAAGUUCCAGCAAGGCGCACCAGAGACGCCCGUACGGAACUUCAAAAUCCAAAAGUCCUCAUCAGCGUCGGCCACGGGGGCUUCCAUCAAACAGAGGAUGCUUCAGUGGUGUCGCAGCAAAACCCGCAACUACCAGGGUGUCAACAUAGAAAACUUCUCGUCGUCUUGGUGUGACGGUAUGGCCUUCUGCGCAUUAAUCCACCGCUUCUUCCCUGACGCUUUCGACUACAGCGCCUUGAAACCCAAAGAACGGGAGGCCAACUUCACACUGGCCUUCCAGACUGCAGAGUCCUUGGCUGACUGCUGCCCCCUGCUGGAAGUCCCCGACAUGCUCAUGAUGGGCAACAACCCAGACCCAAUGUGUGUGUUCACCUAUGUCCAAUCCCUGUGCCACAGCCUCUCCAAGAUCGAGAAGGAGAGGAAGGAAAAGGAGGAGAAAGCAGGUGAAGAAAGCAAAAAGCGAGCAGAGAACGCCGCCAAGGAAGAUGGGAGCAGGACACUGGGUGGUCAAGAGGAGAAAGGAAGUGACGUCUCUGAGGCCAAAAUAGCUGCAGAGGAGGAAGAGGCACCAGCGAGCUGUGAGCAGGAGGAAGAUGGAGGAGUGCUCGUUCAAGCAGAGUCCUAAGGAAGAUGGAUCCAAAGAGAGCUUGGUUGUGGUUGCACUGAUCUGAGAACAUCUGAGAUUGUUGCUGAGUUGCUUCAAAGGCGAUAUGACGUCUUUUUCACACACGGUCGUCCCUCAUUAAUCCCUCACUUUAUCACGGUUUUCCCAAAAAUUCCUGUAUGGAUAAAUGGCCUGGACUACGGCCUAUUAUUGAUGUCAUAUAGGUAUAGUAUUCUGGUCACUAGGCGUUAGUGAUGUUACAGUGAUGACACAUUUUCCUUAACACUGCCCAACAUAAAUUUGCACUCCAAAUUAUGAAAAAUGCCUUGAAUUAAUUUGUAUUGUAGGAUAAGUGGCACAAUUUCUAUUGUUUUAUUGGUUUAUGACCAUUUAUGGGCGGCUGUUGUUUUUUAUUGGCCCUCAACACAGUCGACAAAUAGUAAAUAUUAUUAAUAUUUAAAUUUUAAAUAAUACAUAAAAUAAUACAUUAAAUAAAACAUUUAAAUAAUAUUAUUGAAUAUUAUUUACGACAAAGGUAAAUAAAAUAAAAAACAACUGAUAAAAUGGAAAAUAGAGCAGGAAUUUUACCUUGAGAAAUACAUAAUGUUCAGAAAAU